AUGGCACCUGGUGUAACAGCUGAGAAGAAGACUGAGGAUGAACAGUCAUCAAACUGGCACCUAAAAUGUGGGAGGCACUUUACACAGAUACAAGAGGAAAAGUUCUCUGCUCUGAAGAGUUUACUACGUAAUGCUUCAAUCCUGCAAAAACUUUACUAUCAUAAACUCAUGUUUGUAUGUGUUGGAGGAAGCCCUUCACGGAUGAAAGCUUUUAUCACCUACAUAGCUGAAGAGCUUGGACUUGGGAGCGUCGGCGCUGACUAUCCCAACAUCUGUGCAGGAACUGACCGUUACGCGAUGUACAAAGUAGGACCCGUGUUAUCAGUCAGUCAUGGUAUGGGCAUUCCCUCUAUUGCAAUCAUGUUACAUGAGCUGAUCAAGCUGCUGUAUCACUCCAAGUGUUCCAACGUAACCAUUAUUCGCAUUGGCACCUCUGGUGGAAUAGGUCUGGAGCCAGGCUCAGUGGUAAUAACCAGUCAAUCAGUAGAUGCUACCUUCAAGCCUCAAUUUGAACAGGUUAUCCUGGGAAAGACUGUAAUUCGCAGUACCAACCUAGAUGACCAACUAGCUAAGGAACUGAUGCAGUGCAGUAAGGAGAUGAAUGAAUUCAAUACAGUAAUUGGAAAUACAAUGUGCACUUUGGAUUUCUAUGAAGGCCAAGCCCGUCUGGAUGGUGCAAUCUGCUUAUAUGCUGAAGAAGAGAAAUUGCAGUAUUUGAAGGCAGCUUAUGAUGCUGGAGUCCGAAACAUUGAGAUGGAAUCUUCAGUUUUUGCUGCUAUUUGUAAUCUUAGUGGUGUCAGAGCUGCUGUGGUGUGUGUCACACUUCUGAAUCGACUUGAAGGGGAUCAGAUUAGCAGCUCACAUGAUGUGCUUGUGGAGUAUCAGCAGAGACCGCAGAAAUUAGUGGGACACUUCAUUAAGAAGUGCCUUGGGAAAGUGUGAUGUACCCACCCCUUUGCGGAUUAUUAGCAGAAGGCUAGUAUUUCUUCUGACUUGAAAUAAUGCUCAUAACUAUAAAUGCCUAUGAAAGCUCUUUUUUACCUCAGGAUAGCUUACACCAACCAAAAUGCACUAAAGCUAAUCAUUAGUAGCUGUACG